AUGGAUAAUGUGCAUAAUAAGCACCACCUUUUUGAGGUGUACUCUUCAGAAGAAGAGAUAGAUGAUAUUAAUGAACUACAAGAUAAAUAUGAAUAUGAAAGUAUGUCUAGCAAAGAAGAAUAUUCAUUAUUUGGUAUUGAGGCUGGAGAUAUAAAUUUCAGCUUAAAAAAAACAAAGAAGGUGAGAUUGUACGUUAAACCUUCAAGUGAAAAUUUAGUAUCAAAUCAUUAUCUUGGUCCAGAAAUUCUUGAAGAGAUUGAAUUUCUCGUAAAUAUUGGCUGUAGAGCGGAUUCAAUUAUCCUCGCAUUUCAAAAAUGUUUUUCUGAAAUAGUAAUACACCCAAAAUAUGUAUAUAAUACAAUUUGUCACAUUCAGAAUAGUCAGAAUAAAUCGAAAACAGAUGCUGCCGAAACGUUUGAAAAAUUAAUGAAAUUACAACGUGAGAAACAUGGAUGGUUUGUUAAAGUGAGGCUGGAAG